AUGAAGCUCUUGGGACUACUGAUCUCUGCAUUCGGUGCUAUCAAUGCUCUGAAGAUCAAGGCUCUUUAUCUUUCAUGUGAUUAUGAGCUGAGGCCCUACAACGCCGUUAUAGAUUCCCAAUGCAUGGCAUUUGCUUUGAACGGAAGCAACAUCCACGAAGCCAUAAGAUACCUUAACGCAAUGAACAUUGACAAGGCAUAUGUGCUGUACUGGAAUGACCAUGACCUCCACCAGAACCCAAUGGUCCUUCACAAGAAUGGAGCCCUCGCACCCUUCGACAGGUACACAAACACAGCAAAGCAUGUCCUUUGCGUCGAAGCUUGCUCAUGCCCCGGACCUCAGAGCAGGCCCGUGGUCUGCCCUGAAAACAAUGGCGCAUCAGUCUCUUCCCCAUGCCCCCCAUGCGGCCAGGGAAACAACACAACAGUGUGCGACAAGGUUGUUGUCAACCCCCAGCCAGUCAAGCCCCUGCCUGCUCCUUGCACACCCUGUGCUCCUUGCGAGUCAAGCAGCUCCGAGAAGUCUGAGAGUAAGGAGUGCAUGACCUUCCCAAGGAUAUGCAAGAAGAAAUGCGGACCAAGACAUGGAAGGUCCCCAAAAAAGGUCGAGAUUGUAAAGAGCCAGAAGACAUACACAUUCGACAUCGAGAGAUACAAACGAAGAGGAGAUGUUGUUGUCAGAGUCUGCUCCCAGGAUUGCAAGGACAAGUUCGAGAAAUUCGUUCUAACCAAGACUGGAGAGAUCCGUAAAGGAAAGGACAAAAAAUGCAUUCCGGAGCCUCUUCCAGAGUGCCUCCAGUGCCCAAAGAAUCUCUACAAGCUUAAGAGCGGAAUUGAGGCAAAGGUCUGCAGCGAAGUUUGCAUGUACAUCAAUAGCAAGUGCGAGAUCUUCGUGCUUAUUGGAGACUGUGAUUUCUACAAGGUCGUGAUGAACGAGCGAAGAAGAAAGCAAAGCAGCUUCCAUCUUAAGAAGAUCAGAGGACAGAAGCUUAGAGAGCUUAUCAGGCAAGGACUCUUCGGUGUUGAGUUCUCCCCUCUGAAAUGCUGA